AUGAAGCUCUUGCAUUUCACUAUCGCUCUCUUGGCCAGCUCCGUGUCCGGCCAGACCUCCUCUGCCCCAACCCAGACCGAAGUAAAUGAAUGGACCGCAUGUUUGAAUACUUUCCUUAAUGGAUUUAGUGCUGGUCGAACUGGGAGCGCUGCUGGGUGUACUUAUUGGACGUGCAUUGAAAAUGUCGCUCAGAAAUAUGGCCGUGGAGGAGCUCUAGCCGUUGCAGGGAACGUUGUGGACAAGGCCUGUCUGGUCGGCGGAAUAAUCCCUGUAGGAAAUUUGCCUCACUGA